CUUGUAAUUUUGUAAAAACUAUUCACAUAUCUAGAGCACAUGGAUGGCAAAUAUAUUACUAUAAAAGGCAAGGUUUAGUACUCAAAUUUAUGAAUUUAUCUACCAAACCCUAAAUCAUUCUAUGAAACACUCUUUUCCUUACAAUUUUUGUGCUUCUCAUUCAUUCCUACCCAACUCACGAUACGCCUUUAAUCACAAAGAAGCCUAUAUUAACGGUUGUAACACAAUUUUAAUUCGUGGGUAGCUUCGAUCUUGUUUGUUUUCGAGAGAAUUUUGUCAUUUUAUUUCAAGAAUGUCCGCGAGUAUCAUGCUUUCAUCCCAACCCAAGAAGCCGAUCCAUCAUAGGAACGGUUCAGGCGAGCUUGACGUGUUUGAAGCCGCUGGUUAUUUCUCGAGUGUCACUGAAAGCUUCAAAGACACCCAUAAAAACAUAAGUGGUGGAUCGAACUCUUUUAGUAACAAUACACAAAAGUAUAACAUGAGGCCUAUAAGAAGAAUGAGCCUUGACAUGCCAAACCAUAGAGGUAAUUCCUCUCCCUUACAAGCAAGGUUGAUAGAGAAUCCCACCAUGAUGGGCAAAGAGAAGAAGUUCAAGCAACCAAGCUCACCAGGAGGCAAAUUGGCUCAUUUCUUGAAUUCUCUUUUCAACCAAACAUCUUCAAAGAAGUCAAAGUCCAAGAAAAAGUCAACAAAGGAUGAAGAUGAGAGUCCUGGCGGCUGGAAAAGGAAGAGGAGGAGUAGCAUGAGCCAUCUGAGUAGUGUGAACACCACCACCACCACCACCACCGCCGCCACCGUCGGAACCGCCACCAUUGUGAGCAGUGAUAAAUCUUCCUUUUCAACCUCAGGCUUUAGAACACCACCUCCUUCUCAUGUAACACACACCUCCACAAAGAUUACAAGCUACAUAGACCCAAUAAGCUAUGCAUAUCUCAAGCCUCCUCCACGUCAAAUUACAAAAAUACCCCUCACUGAAAACCUCAACAAGAUUGAAACUUUCAACAUAAAGAGUGAUUUUCCUGAGAAAAACAUGAGUUUUCGAAAUGGGGUUGUGGAGAAAGUAAAGAUUCUUGAUGAAAAACAAGAAGAACAUCAUCCUUUUAAGUAUGUUUCAAGAGAAGAUGUCAAAGAAUUCAAGAAGUUUAAUAAUGAUGAUGAUGGUGCAGACAGUGAUUCAAGUUCUGAUCUUUUUGAGUUAACAAAUUGUGAUUUGGGUUAUUAUUCAAGAGGUUUACCUGUUUAUAAAGCCACCCAUAUGGGUAGCAUCAAGACUCAAGAGAGGUGCACCAAUGUCGAGCUAAGUGUGUGAUCUCAGGUUUACGAAACCCUAAUCUUUGAUCUUUCGCAUCAUAUAUUUAUUUACUACAUGUAGAGAUUUUUUAUGUUCGUUAUUCAAUUUAACUACCCUUGCUGUUAUUUCCUUGAUCACAAGUUAUUCGUUUUAUAUUAAUGGCGUGC